ACUACUUGUAGUGAUAUAUAGUGUGAUAUGACAAUAUAAAAGGUUAGUUAAUGAUUGGUAGGUAUUUGAAAUACCUCCGAAAUUUUAUAAUGACAGAACCUAAACGAAAUAUCAUUACUAUUGUGGGGACCACUGGAGUGGGUAAAUCACAGUUCAGUAUAGAUCUUGCUCGUGCCAUAAAUGGAGAAAUAAUCAAUGCAGAUUCUAUGCAAGUGUACAAGAGGUUGGAUAAUAUCACAAAUAAACAUCCUAUACAAGAGAGAUAUGGUGUACCUCAUCAUGUAAUGAAUCAUGUAGAUUGGAAAGAAGAAUACUUUAUCCAUCGUUUUUCUGAAGAAGCAAAUAAAGCCAUUGAAGAUAUUUAUGAUCGAGGUAAGAUUCCAAUAGUUAUAGGGGGUACCCAUUAUUAUCUUCUGAGUUUAAUAUUUAACAAUAAAACAAUUGGCUCUACGAAUGAGAUACGUCCUAAGCAAGAAUUGACUAAAGAACAAGAGGCUUUGUUAGAUGGCCCAGUAGAUAAUAUAUUUGAAGAAUUAAAGAAGAUUGAUCCCAUAAUAGUAGAGAAAUUUCAUCCUCAGGAUAAACGGAAAUUAAGACGAGCUUUAGAGAUUUUUUACGAAACUGGUGAAAAGCCGUCCUUCAUCUAUCAUGAACAAAAACUAGAUGAAUUAGAGAGUUCAUCCUUAAAGUAUAAUACUUUACUAUUCUGGGUCUAUUCUGAUCCAGAAGUACUAAAGGAAAGGCUUGAUACCCGUGUAGAUAAAAUGAUGGUUUCAGGAGCUACUGAAGAGAUUAAGGAAUUGUAUGGAGUAUAUAAAGAGCAAAGUCCAGUUCCCGAUUGCACCAGUGGCAUAUGGCAAGUAAUUGGAUUUAAGGAAUUUUUGCCGUGGUUAGGUGAAACUAAUGGAGACGAUAUCUCAUCGUCGUUAUACAAGGAAGGAGUUGAAAGGAUGAAGAUUAGGACUAGGCAGUAUGCCAAGUAUCAAGUAAAAUGGAUCAAAAAGUUGCUCUCAGUCGAACUUCAAAAAGAAGCUAGAUUUAGAUUCAAGUAUGGAGGUAAAUUGUACUUACUUGAUGCUACAGAUCUAAAUACAUGGAAUGAAAAUGUCGGAGCAAGAGGUGUUAGUAUUGCCAAACAAUUUUUAGAAAAUGGACCUCGAGCAGUAACAAUACCACAAGCUCCAGAAAAUUUGAAAGAAAUGAUACCAGAUGAUGGAUUUUUUGACAAUUAUAAGAGUAAUAAAGUGCUUGGCUCUGAAAGUAAUUGGAAACAUUACUCAUGUUCAAUUUGUAAAGAUAAGAAUGGCAAUGACUUAGUAGCAGUUGGAGACGAGAUGUGGCAAACUCAUUUAAAUAGUAGGAGACAUAAAAAGGCAUUAGCUGCUGGUGAUAAGAAGAGAAAACACAUGGAAUUGUUGCAACAGUAUGGAGAUGCUAAUAGUCGUAAAUCAGUAAAAUUAGACUUGUAAAUAUUUACAUAAUUUCUUAUUUGUAUAGUUUUUUGCAAUAAAAUGUUCAAAAUUAUAAAAAAAAAUUAAUUCUUAAAUUUACACAAAUAAACCAACAAAGC